AAUCUGCUACAAUAGAGCCAAUCCAACGCAGAGCCUUCGGCUGAGAGGAUCGUAAAAGCAGGAAAAUCAGGAAAAAUGAAAGCCGGAAAACUGUGCGAACCGAAGUCAAUCAUCAUGGGGCGCAAGGCGGGCAGGAUGAUGGGAGAGCCGCGAGGAUCCGACCAUCGCGACCCUGAGCCCCUGCAGGAUCAGCAGGAUCAGGGGCAGCAGCAGCAGCAGGCGCAGGGUGAGCAGAACUCGAAGGCGGCGAACAGCGGCGACGGGGGUCAAAGUGCCUCCGGAUCCAGUGAAAACCAAGGGCAAGGUCAAGACUCAAACCAAAAGCAGAGCCAGCAGGAUAAUCGCGAUAAUCAAGAGGAGAACCGCGACCAGGAUAACCAGAAGAAGCGCUGCGACAAGUGCGGCAAGAAGCUCGGACUCACCGGGGGAUUCCCCUGCCGCUGCGGCGGCACCUACUGCGCCGUCCACCGCUACAGUGACCGUCAUGAGUGUAGCUUCGACUACCGCGGCAUGGGCGCCAACGAGAUCCGCCGCGACAAUCCCCUCGUCGUGGCCAGCAAGCUGAGGAAGCUCUAAUCUCUAAUCUGUAAUCUACAAUCCCAGGACCCCCCCUUCCCAAUCAAAAAGGACCUGUCACGGCUAUGACAUGACAAAAAAAAAUCCCGAGACGUCAAAAGCAACAACACCUUCUGCUACACAAAAGGGAAGACAAUUAAGUGGUAGACUGCUAUAAUAAAUCAUCACCAAUCACCACUCA